UCCAGUGUGUGCAACAGAGGUUGCAAACAACUGCAGUCAUAGAGAGGCAUCAGCAUGCAGCUCCUGUGGAUCACCGCUGUGCUACUUCUCAUCUCUGGUGCCAUAGCUCAGAAUACUUCCCUGGCAGAUGGGGUUCUUACUCCACUUAGUACAUCUGUGAUAAUUGCAUUUCCAGGAUGCAAAGACUCCGGAAAGACUGUUAACCUGAUCGUAGCAAAUGGCACAACUACUGUACAAAAUAUUUCCCUCCAGGUACCACAGUGCCGCCUUAAACGAGAUGUUGUUGUGAUUAAUAAUUCACAGUCUGGUAAUGUGCAGACUGUGAAUGUGGGCUAUCAAAUACAAAACCUACAACCAGGUGCCAUCUACACGACGUAUUAUGCAGUUGACGGAAGCAAUAUUCCAUCCAUUACAUUUUCCACAAGAUCAGUGUCUCAAACUGUCCCUGAUAUCAUGGCUCGCAGUGGAGGCAUGGUGGUGAUCACCGUCUUGUUAAGCAUUGCAAUGUUUGUGCUCUUGGUUGGAUUAAUCGCUGUUCUUGUUAUUGGAAGGAAAUGAGUACAGAAAGGGAUGGCAUUGGAGAGCAGUCUGAUUACUGAUUUUGCGUCCUUUUGAUGUUCAUCUAACUUUUUUAAACAAAUAUUAUGUUUCUCUUACUGUAUUUUACAUUUUGAACAUCAUGUAGAAUAGUAUUCUAAUGCAUACUCAUCUAGAGCAACAACAAAACCAGAAUAUUUUGUGUAAAUUGCUUUUUUUUACCAUGAUUUCAUAUGACUGGGCUCUCCACCUGUGACACUGUGCUGAGAGGGUGGCAGAGUAGGAUGAGAUCAAUGUAGCAUCUAUGUACUGCCAUUAAUGUGGGGAUUCUCAAUAAUGUAUAGAAGCUGUUAACUUGUUUUAUUGGAACAGUGGUUUAUUUUUAAUGUUUAUUGAGAUUAUUUUCUCCAUGCCAUAGCAAUAGGAAACAAUACCUCUUUGAUUGCCAGUCCUUAUGUACCACUAAUUUAACAUCUCUUGAUUAAUUGCAGAAGGAUUUCAUUAAUAAAUAUAGUUUUUUUACAUCUAA